ACAUCACAUUUACAAAUACCAGAUCUAAUUUUGACCAUGAAGGCUUUGGCCAACAGCCUCACAAGCUUAACUUUUUGGAAAGCACGUGGAUGGAAAGCUUCAAGGCUUCGUCUAUGAUGUGUCCUCUCUGCAUCCAUCGCAGCCUUGUCAUCAUGGAAAGGGGAUCCUCCCAUCUGUGGUCUCUUCUCAAGGUUUCUCAUUUCCCCUAAAAUUAGUUUUGAGUUUUUCCUUGCCUUCCUGGGAAUUUAAGAUCAGGGGAUGUUGGAGAAUAUUUGUCAAUUUUCGCAAUUGUCCUGUGUGUUGUUAAAUGUUGAACAGAGGCUGACAUGUACCGAAGUCAAAUUCCUUAUUUGGCAUUCUCAAACAUGACUAAUAAAAAAGUCUUGAAUCUGGCAUCAAUGACGCACAAGCGGCUGAAAGAGUUCUGGUUAGUUAACUCUAGUGUUAAACAACACACAUGCGACAAACGCAUGCCAGUAUGCUUUCGUGUGUGUGUGUGUGCGGAAAACUCCGACUUUUUGUUUUGCACGCCACCUUGGUUUGUUAGUUUGCUGGGCAACAACAACAUGAAACGUCCCACGGUCCUUCGCUAGAGGGCGACAGGGACCUCACUCAAAUGACAUCAUCAUUACGUGACAAGAAGUAAAGCGACGACAACAAAACCGCGCUUGGUAUAAAAACUCAAAUGGAAGCGUGUCGCCUUCCAUUCGGCUGCAUCAGAUCAACACGCAACCUAUGCGGUGAAUCAGUAACAUCAGUUACACGACGACCGCAACGACGAAAGAGUGUGAAAAUGUCUGCAAGGACCUCAGCAAAGUACGUGAAGGAAAAGGACCGUAGACGUCGACGACUGGAACAUCUUUGGCUGCAGCCUUAUGUUGUGUUGCGCAGAGCAGACAUCAGUGAAGCUAUUCGUCCGAAGCGGCAGGAGCCGGAGCGCACUCGCAUUAAAGAGGAAGAUGUGGGCAAAGAGGUCCAUCACUUCAAUGAACAAAUGGAGCAGAAGUUUCUUUGCACCAUAAAAGAGGAAGAAGAGCCGGAGCGGCCUUGUAGUAAAGAGGAGGGAGAGGAGUCCUGCAACAUUAAAGAGGAGGAGGAUACCUGCAAGAUACCAUUGACUGGUGUUCCUGUGAAGAGUUUUGAUGAGGGUCAACAGGAGGUGAGCAAAGGGGCGGAGCCUCCAAGCUGCAGCUCAAGUCAAACAAUGGCCAGAGAAAGUGAUGGAGAUCACUGUGGAGGAUCACGAGCAGCUCCACCAUUAGAUAUAUUAGAUGUGUCAGGUAGUCAUGACGUGUUGUCACAUGUUCCUGCUGCUGAGUCUCAAAACAAACACAGGCAAUGUUCUCAGUGUGGGAAAUGUUAUGCUAAUAACAGUGUUUUGAACCGACACAUGAAAAUGCACACUGGUGAGAAACCUUUUUCAUGCGCAGUUUGUGGCCGUAAAUUCUCUUCUCAGGGAAACUUGAAAAAUCACACAAUAAUCCACACUGGCGAGAAACCUUUUUCAUGUUCAGUUUGUGGCCAAAAAUUCUCUUGGAGGCAAAAUUUAAGUAGGCACACAAGAAUCCACACUGGCGAGAAACCUUUUUCCUGCUCAGUUUGUGGCCAAAAAUUUUCAAUGAAGGGAGCUCUAAAUUUGCAUUCAAAAAUCCACACUGGUGAAGAACCUUUUUCAUGCUCAGUUUGUGGCCAAAAAUUCUCUUACAAGCAUCACUUGAAAACUCAUACAAGAAGUCACACUGGUGAGAAACCUUUUUCAUGCUCAGUUUGUGGCCAAAGAUUCUCUUAUAAGAACGUCUUAAAAACGCACACAAGAAUCCACACUGGUGAGAAACCUUUUUCAUGCUCAGUUUGUGGCCAGAAAUUCUCUCGGAAGGGACACUUAAAAACUCAUACAAGAAGUCACACUGGUGAGAAACCUUUUUCAUGCUCAGUUUGUGGCCGUAAAUUCUCUUCUCAGGGAAACUUGAAAAAUCACACAAUAAUCCACACUGGCGAGAAACCUUUUCCAUGCUCAGUUUGUGGCCGAAAAUUCUCUUCUAAGGGGUACUUGAAAACUCAUACAAGAAGUCACAAUGGUGAGAAACCUUUUUCAUGCUCAGUUUGUGGCCAAAGAUUCAUUAAUAAGAACGUCUUUAAAAGGCACACAAGAAUCCACACUGGUGAGAAACCUUUUUCAUGCUCAGUUUGUGGACAACAAUUCUUUGAGAGGGUACAUUUAAGUAGGCACACAAGAAUCCACACUGGUGAGAAACCUUUUUCAUGCUCACUUUGUGGCCAAAGAUUUUCAUUGAAGGGAAACUUAAAAAAUCACACAAAAAUCCACACUGGCGAGAAACCUUUUUCCUGCUCAGUUUGUGGCCAAAAAUUCUCUCAGAGGGGAAACUUAAAAAGUCACACAAGAAUCCACACUGGCGAGAAACCUUUUUCCUGCUGAGUUGGUGGCUAAGAAUUCUCACAAUCUAUGCUUAAUCAAGCACACAGUAGCCCACACCUAACUCUGUUGCCUGCUCAAUCUCUUGCCAAAGAGUCUCUAUUGAGAAUUCCGAGUGUGUUGGGGAGCUGAUCAAUGAUCCGUGAAGCUUUCACCUUUUUAAGCAGACUUCAUGAGUUUUUGCAUUGAUGAUGAUAUUGUUAACUGGCUUCUGGAGGUCUUUGUAGUUUUUAUUAUACAUAGUGUUAAUUUUGGUUUUGGUUGUGGUUUGUAACAGUAGAUACAAUUAAUUCAUUUUUGAGGCAAGUUGCUUCGUUUUUAUCAGUCUAAACAUUGGGUUUAGUUUUGUUCAGCAUUUCAUGAUCACGUUUAGGAUUUUGCCCCAUAUUUGUCAAGACUUGUUAGGAAGGCCAAUAAGAAGCAAGCAAGACAUUUUUUGUUCUUGCGCUUGUGUGGCAAUUCAGCCCUGCGCUCUGCAUCGGAAAAAGCUAACCAAUCAAAAAGCGGCCUGAUACGGCAUAUCUGAGCUGCACAAUGAUUUAAACUCUCCUCCAAAAGUGAGGCCAAGUCAUAUCAUUUUGCAGUAAAAAUAGCAAUUUGUGUCGAAAUGCUGAAUGACAAAAUAUGAAUGUGGAAUCAUGUGGAGAAGUAUUGAAUCAUGGAAUUAUGUGGUAUGAUAUUAAACGCUGACGAAUGACGACACGCA